CAGAAGACAACAGCUGAAGAGGAGACAAUCUUCCCGAAAGGACUACCACUUGCACUUACACUAGCCUCGUCGGCCUUGGCUAUGUUUCUCAUCUCCUUGGACCGAACCAUCAUCGCCACAGCUAUCCCAACAAUCACCAAUGAAUUCCACACCAUCAACGACAUAGGAUGGUACGCAACAGCCUACAUGAUCACCAACUGCGCCUUCCAACUCAUGUUCGGCAAGAUCUACAAAUUCUACUCCACAAAAUGGGUCUUCAUAACCGCCUUUACCAUCUUCGAAAUCGGAUCUGCCAUCUGCGGCUCAGCACCCAAUUCAGUGGCUCUCAUAAUCGGAAGAGCGAUCGCUGGAUUGGGUGCUAGUGGAGUCGUGUCGGGGAGCAUGAUGAUCCUUGUUCACACUGUCCCUUUACAUAAGCGUCCAAUUUAUGCUGCGAUAUUUGCUGCUACAGUGGGGGUAGCUUCUAUACUGGGGCCCGUUUUGGGAGGUUUACUUACGUCGAAUCUUUCGUGGAGGUGGUGUUUUUAUAUUAAUCUUCCCGUUGGAGCGGUUGCUGUUCCGGUUAUUGUUUUCUGUUUGAAAACACCAGGAUCGGAUAAGACGAAGUCUACUCUUAGCGAGCAGUUGGCAAAGCUAGAUCCUCUAGGCACGACGUGUUUCGUCCCAAGUAUUGUAUCUCUUGUCUUAGCCUUACAAUGGGGAGGGACGUCCUACAAUUGGAGCGAUGGGCGAGUCGUUGCCUGUCUUGUCAUAUUUGCUGUUUUUAUGAUGGCUUUCAUGGGCAUCCAGAUCUGGUCGGGCGACAAAGGGACGGUCCCACCUCGGAUCAUCAAACAACGAAGCAUUGCAUCUGGUGCCUGGCUGCAAUUCUGCGGAGCGGGUUCGGUGUAUGUGCUUGCGUACUAUUUACCACUUUGGUUUCAGGCUGUGAAAGGAGUCAAUGCCGUUCAAUCUGGUCUCCGAAUCUUACCUACUGUGGUUGCGCUCAUAAUCGGAGCUUUUGCAGGAGGAUUCAUUACCAAGAAAUCGGGGUACUAUGUGCCAGUGGUGAUAGCGAGUGCUGUUAUAGCACCUGUGGGAAUUGGAUUGGUUACAACUUUCACGCCAGAUACAUCACAUGAGAAGUGGAUAGUAUAUCAGGUCAUUUAUGGUCUUGGUCAGGGAAUGUCGAUGCAAGUUGCUCCGUUACUUGCUCAAACCGUUCUCAGCAAAGCGGAUGUGUCUAUCGGGACUGCGAUCAUGUUCUUUGCACAGCAACUUGGGAGCAUUGUGUUCAUUGCCGUUAGUCAGAACGUGUUUCUUGAUCGGCUAGUGAAGAAUUUGAGCCGGAUGUCGGGACUUGAUGCAAGGACGAUUCUCGAUACUGGAGCAACGGAUCUGAGAUCUAUUGUUCCUGCAGAUCAUUUUGAAUCUGUGGUUAGGGCGUACAACGGUGCUGUGGUGAAGACUUUUGAUAUUGCUACAGCUUGUACUUGCUUGGUCCUUUUGAGCGCGAUAACGAUGGAGUGGAGGAGCAUCAAGAAGAGAGAAAUUACGAAAGCGGCAACACAAAUAGAAAAAUCGUAAGAGGUACCGCACUUUCUGUAAGACAGGGUAUUGUACAAGAGUUACGGCGUCAUCAAUGAUCGCACUCCUAUAGAUCUUUAAGAUGACCUCGGGAGGCUUGUGGUGAUCUUAUCACGUGGGACAUAUGAUUUCACUUACUUUUCGAUGAGACCUUUUAUACCCGAUAGAACUAUAAUAAAUGAAAGACUUAC